CUCAACAUUGUCACGAGCAUCACUGAGCUAAUGGAAGGGCGAUUUGCAGCAUGAACGACUGGCCCCAGGACUGGUCCAUCUCCGAUGCAUUGGUCAGCCUCGAGAAGCAGGCGGAGGAAUUGGCGCUGGCGCUGAAUUCAAAAGAUGCUGAGCGAGCCGCCGCGGCAGCGGCAAGCUUGGCCGCCCGAAAAGCGCCGGUGCGCUUGUCGCUGAAGGUGCUUCAUCCUGGUCAGCGUGUAGAAUACUGGAGCCAGACAUCUGGGAGGUGGCUCCCUGCGGUGGUGCUAGGAUUUGAGCAGUCCACAGGCACCUACAAGUUAGACAUCCAUCCAGCCGCGGCGCCUGAGAAGGUGCGGAUUCUGGAGUCAGAGACGGUAAGCUGCGCAGCAAAUCCGGCUCGCUUCAGCAAGGGAGAGGCAGUGGAAUACUACAGUAGCUCCUAUGGGCGCUGGAUUCCUGGCGAAGUUAUUGGCUGGGAUGUGCAGCGCGGAGCAUACAUUCUCAACAUCCAGCCUGUGGCUGCACCGCAGAAGGUGCGCCCGGCUGGUGCGGAGAGCGGCCAGGCCAACCCAGGCGCCCAGGCGACCGCAGAGCCGCUAGCAGAGGCGCCGAGGGCGCCGGAGGCUCUGAGUUUCCCCUGUCCCCUGUGCCUGGAGAAGGUGAAUACAGAUGGAUCCAUCCAGCUGGAUUGCGACCACCGUCUUUGCGCGGACUGCUUUCUGAAUUACAUCUCGGCGAAGAUCAAAGAGGGCCAGGUGGCAGCUGACGAGCUGGUGUGCCCACUUCCUGAGUGCACUGCUGAAAUUACCGUGGCCCAGGUGGAAGGCGCUUUUCCGGACUCGCAACUCUUGGAGAAGUUCCUUCAGUUCCGCAUGGACUUGUGGGAGUCGGGCGCCGAUGGCCGAAUGGUGGACUGCCCCACACCCGAGUGUGGGAAGUUCCUGGUGGAGCUGGGUGUGGAAUCAGUGAGAUGUCCCACCUGCUCAAAGGAGUUCUGCGUCCAUUGCCGGGAACGGCACCAGGGAGUCUCCUGUGCUGCCAAGUUGAAGACGGCGGAUGAGCGCUUUGAGGAGUUGAUGGCGCAGCAACAAUGGCGGAGAUGCCCGAGGUGCGAGGCACCUUCGGAGCGGGAGUCCGGAUGCAACUUCAUGCAGUGCAGGUCACAGGUCUGCCGAAAGCACACCUUUUGGUGCUACGUGUGCGGACAACAACUGUCGAAAGAAGAGCACUAUGCUCACUUUCCCAGGGGUCCGUAUGAGGAUGAGUGCCGUUCUGCAUCCAGGCGAGCAGAGCCUCCCGAGAAUGCCUCUCUCGGCGGUGCGCGGGCUGCCAUCACGGCUGCAGCAGAGGCCGGCACUGCCGCGCUGGACGCCGCUCUCCGGAGAUUCUGGCCAGCGCAAGACCCGCAAGAAUACAUUUCGCAGAUGCACUGGACUGAUGAAGAAGGCAAGGAGAGAGCCAAGUUGCUAAGCAAGCUCUCCCGCUCUCUACCAGACGCGCCAAGUCCCGCCUUGUCAGCUUGGCUGAUUUUUUGUAACGAGUACUCUGCGAAGAAGGGGGUUGCAGGUGGCGCGAUCUUCGCAGAAGCCGGCAAGCAUUGGAAAGCCUUGAGCGCUGAGGAAAAGACGCCUUAUGAGGAGAAGUCCAAGGAGCUGAAAGAGAGCUCCAAGGUGGAGCUGGAGAAACUGAAGGACAGCCCUGCUUACAAGGACUUGUGUUCGGAGGUCGACAAGUUGCUCCUGGUGAAUCGGGCAAGAACGACCUUGCACAAGAAGGAGCUCUCAUGGAAGCAGUGGAAAGCUACGCUCUGUGUCAAAGCUCCAGGUGCGAGCCAUAGCAAGGCCGAAGAGCGCGCAGAAGCGAAUUGCAUCAAUCGGAUUGCCCUGAAGCUCGCCGCAGCGGCAAGGAAGAAGUCGCCGGAGAGUGCCCUGCCGAUUCCGCCCAAGUCCGCCUAUGCCCUCUUCUGCGGUGAGGUUAUGUCUCUUGAGAUGAAGAAGGAAGAGAAACCGUCCAUGAAGGACGUCCUCAAGAGGGUUGCGGCGCAAUGGUCGAGCCUAGAGGAGGACAAGAAGUCCGGCUACGUCAAGACGGCUGCAGCAGACACACAGAGGUAUGCCGAGGAGAUCAAGACAUGGAAAAGCUCUGAAGCUUACCAACAGUUCUUGGAAAAGGCCAAGGCUUUGUACAAGGAAGCCCUGGCAGAGGGCGGCAAGGAGAUGAAGCCCAUUGCCCAGAUCAUCAAGGAUGCCGAGUUGAAGGCUAAAGGCAAAGCCACGCAAGACAAGAAGCGGUCCAAGUUGCACAUGCGGCUGGCCAGCUGCAUUCGAGGCGAAGGUGGCCCUCCAAAGCAAGCUCCGCACCCCUUCAUGUUGUUUUGCAGCGCCAAGCGAGAAGAUGCCAUCAAAGAGCUGUCCGGAGCCGGAGAGGACAAGGACAAGGACGAGGACGAGGACAAGGAAGACAAGGAAGACAAGGAGGACAAGGAGGACGAAGAUGAGCCUGAGGAAGAGGAAGAGGAUGAGGACGAGGAUGAGGAUGAGAAGCCUAAGAAAGGCAAGAAGAAGGCAAAGGCUUCAAAGGGUUCUGGGCCAGCCAACACGGCCAUCCUGAAGAAGUUGGGUGCAAUGUGGACGGCUGCCUCGGCCAGUGAGAAGGAAGUCUUCGAGAAGCAGGCUGCGGACGCCAAGAAGAAGUACGCCUUGGAGCUGAAGGCCUGGUUCGAGUCGGACGCCUUCAAGAGCUUCGCCGCGGAAGUGGACGAGUGGGCGAAGACGGAGGAGGCCAAGGCCAGCAAGAAGCCCGGCAAGAGCUUCCGCGCCUGGCGCCGCAAGCAGCAGCAGCAGAAGCGCCAGGCGGACAAGCAGGCGGACCGGGAGCGCCUCAAGGCAGAGAAAUUGGCAGCGCGGCAGUCGGGCAAAGCGGCCAAGGCCAAGAAGGGUGGCAAGGCCGGCACGGAGGAAGUGGAGGCGAAGCCUUUGCCGCCGAUGCUGCAGAAGGACCCCUUCUGGGAGUGCUGCCUGGAGUCCCCGGAGGCCUUUGUGGCCUCAGCAGAUCUCAUCGUGGGGGACCGCAUUGCAUUGGCUGCAGCCAUGGAGGGUGGUGCCAAGGGCAUGACGGUGCUGAAGUGGCUGCAGCGGAACCCCGAGAAGGCCUCCUCCUUCUUCCGCCGGAGGUCGGCGGAUUGCGGGGAGACGGCGCUGCACUAUGCCCUGAAGAACAAGGACCUGGCCAUGAUCCAGCUGCUGCUGAAGGAGGCACACCGGAACUCCAACCCCUCCUACAUCAGUGGCACCGUGAACAACGGCAUCAUGACCUUCAACCUGAAGACCGGAACGGAGGUCUGGUUCUGGCCGCGGGACGGCCGCAAGAUCAUCCACCGGACGGGGCCCUCGGAGCAGGAUGGCUUCGUCCACGAGGGCGGCAAGACCACGGAGCCUUUGAGCCCGGGAACUGCGGUGGUGGUCCGCGAGCUGAGGGGCCAGUGGAUGCGCACGGACGUGGGCUGGGUGCCGCUGGUGGCCGGCAGCGUGGCGCUCUUCGUGGCGGAGGACCCAAAGCUCACCCGGCCCCGGCCCAAGACGCAGAACCCCGAGCUGCAGCCCGUGUCCACCGGCUUUGCCAGGGGCAGGGCCUACAGAGCGAAGAAGCUGCGCAAAGUGAAGCUGAGCCGCGGUGGGGCAGAGGGAAACCAGGCCUUCGUGAAAGAUAUGGAAAGCGGCGACUACUGCCAGCCCACAUGUGACCAGAGGACAGCAUUGGCCUGGGCAGUGAAGGACAUGGAUUUCAAGACCCUAGCUGCAUGCUGCGAGAUCUUCGGGCAGAAUCAGCCCAGCGACUUCUUGGGUGAGGCGGUGCGUUUGGGCUUGUGGCAGCUGGCGGGCGAGCUGGUGACCCAUAUGGGCGUGGGGGACUUGUACGGCUUGAACCAGCAGCACCGAGUGGCCUUGCUCCCAAUGCCCAGCGAACAAGAACUCGCGGAGGUGGGAAAGCGGAAGGCAUCCAUCACCAAGAAGUCCGUGGAGAACUUCGAGAUCAUGCCGAUUCACUGUGCUUGCAUCAACCCGCAGUCGGGCAAGGCGAUGCUCGAGAUCAUGCUGGCGCAGCUGGGGCCUGUCGCCGAAGACUUGUGCCGAGACGCCUCCUUCCGAACCCUGGUGCAUUACGCGGCAGUGUGCGAGUCAGAGGAGGCGCUGGAUGUUCUCUUGACGGCCGGAUUCUCGCCCCACCGUGCGGACAAGGACGGCUACACGGCCCUGAUGUGCGCGUGCAUGGCGAACCGCCCGAAGAACGUGGCCCGACUCCUCGCUGCCAAGGCGGACCCCAUGGCCCGCGCCAACGAGCGCACCAGCUUCCACCUGGCGGUGCGCGCUGGGGCCAUGGAGGCCCUGCAGGCCUUGGUGGCCCACAUGGUCGCCCUGGCCGCGGAGGUGCCCGCGGCGAAGCCGAAGAAGGGCGCCAAGAAGCCGAAGCCCAGCUGGCAGCUCGCCACGUCCUCGGCGCAGCGCAACGCGCUCCACGAAGCUUGUGCGGUGGGGCGACUGGACAUGGUGUCGCUCUUGCUGGACAAUACGCCGGCGGCGCUGCACAAGACUGACAAGCAAGGGCGUUCACCAUUGACUCUGGCGGUCAUGAAUGGUCACACGCUGCUAGCCUCACAUUUGAUCCACCGGCGAGCGUUGCUGGAGCAGAACGACACCUCUGGCAACAGCCCGCUGCACUACGCCUUGGCCUACGGCUGGCAAGAGCUCGCCAAGCUGCUGGUGGACUGCGGCCACGAUCCGGACGUGCAGAACAAGUGGCGCAACGCCCCGGUGGAUGUGGCGCUCUUGAAGGGCCACGCAGGCCUGGCGGCUUGGUAUGUGGCGGAGUGCCCCAUCCAGCCAGACAGCCUGGACGAGUCGGGGCGUACCCUGCUGUCCCGCGCCUGCGCCUCCUUGGUGGGCAACAUGACCGCGGUCUGGCAGAAGCUGCUGAAGGCUUUGGUGCAGAAGCGGGGGGCCGAUGUGAACCUCGCGGACGGCCAGGGGGAUCUGCCCAUCUGCCUCGCGGCCUCGGCCUGCGCCAGGGCCAGCAACCCGGAGCUCACCGCGUGCCUGAAGAUCCUAUGCGCGGCCAAGGCGGAUGUGGGCAGACGGGCGCAGAAGGGCCAGUUCCAGGGACAGUCGGCCAUCUCCAUCGCCCUCAGGGGCAGCAACAGCGACUUGUUGCGGCUGAUGCUGGAGAGCGGCGCCGGGCUGGCGUCGCAGGGCCGGGGGGAGACGCUGCUGCACGCCCUGCCGGAGCGGCUGAUCAGGACUGGGUUCUGGAACCCCCAGCAGGAGGCUACGGCGGAGAGCAUGUUCCAAACCAUCCGCAGCUGCGUGUCCAAGGAGGCCUUGUGCGCCAUGGCCCAGACCAUGGAGACCCACGGCUUGCUGCCGCUGCACUCCGCCAUUUUGCAGUUCAACCAGGCCAUCGCUACUUUGCGCGCUGCGCGGGCGCAGAAGGAGUUGGAGGUGAAGGGCCUGGAGCAGCAGCAGCAGGCAGCCGCCAGCAGGCAGCAGACGACGCAGGUCUCACAGCUUCGGCACACCAUCGAAUCCAAGAUGCCCGAGUUGCAGCAGGCGCGCCAGACAGAAGACGCUGCCCGGAACGACUUCCAGAAGUGCCUGCUAUGGCUCUUCGACGAAGCUUCUGCAGACUUGCUCGCCCCAGUUGGCCCCUUGGAGAAGCCCUGGUAUGACCCGACCAAGCCAAAUCAGCCCAAGACGCCACCGGCGCUUUCUGACCCCAAGCUGAUCGCCGUGGCACCGCCACCUGCCAUUGAGGCGGUGGUGGAGCCAAGUGUACCCGCGUUCGAGCAAGCGACUUACUACAAGUACCACCCAUCCCUGGGCAUGACGACGCCUCUGAUGUUCCUGGUGAAGUGCAAGGACUCCCCCGCGGUGUCCUGGUACUUGGAUCAGCUGGCCAAGCGCAAGCUGCAGGACCAGGCCCUGCAGAGCUCCAACGUCUUCGGCCUCACUCCGCUGGCCAUCGCCAUUCAGAACCAACCCCUGGCCGAAGACUUGCUGCGGCGCCUGGCCUCUCCAGGUGCUGCCAAGGUGAAGCUGCACGACGGGCAGACGGCGUUGCAUUUGGCCGUGGGCGGCGGGGGCAGCUGGCGGGACGAGGUGAAGGCCCGGGCCGUGGCCUUCGAGGCCACGCUGAAGGCGGCGGAGAAGGCGAACGCCGUGGACGCGGAGGACGCCUUGGGCUGGAGCGCCCUGUGUCGGGCCUUGAGCAGUGCAGGGCCUUCGGUACCGAAGCUUCUGACACCUUUGGUGACAUCUGCGUCUUCCUUUGCCCAGGAGGAGGCAACGAUGCACCAGGCAGAGCUGGACAUGUUCCAGGCCUUCCGGGAAAUGGAGGAGAAUCUGAAGAACAAGGGUGCACUUAGCACCGCACAGGUGGGAGCACCCAACAGAGUGACGGUCACGGGCAUGGGCGCUCACAUCAAGUGGAGGUUCGAUGAUCGAGGUGCGAUUGUGAAUGGCUUGAAGCACCCCGACGCGGAAGCCGCUGGCAUCCGGGUAGGAAUGCGCCUGACAUCCAUUGGAGAUCAAUCCAUGGCGGGCAUGGAGCGACAACAGAUCCAGUCCUUGUGGCACUCCCUCCAGGGUGCUCGCGCAACACUGACCCUGGAAGCUGAGGGAUCCAACGACGUGCCGGCACCAGCACCAACUCCAGCGGCGGCGCCGGGCUUUGGUUUUGGCGGGGGGGGCUUUGGCGGGAAUCCUCUCCCGCGCCGAAUGGCACGGCCGGCCCCCGCCCAAGGCCUUGGCGUCGCUCCCGGCUUUGGUGCCGCUCCCGCCUUUGUUGCCGCUCCCGCAUUUGGCGCUCCCGGCUUUGGUGCAUUUGGCGCUCCCGGCCUUGCGGUUGCGGGUGCGGGCGGUGGCUUCGGCUUUGGGCAGGCUCAGACCACAAAUGCUCAGCCGCCACCAAAUCCGAAAGUCGCAGAUGAGGCCCCGGCUUUGGUGAAAUCAGCUGAGCUUUGCUACCACAAUCCAGAUGGGAAGGGUGUCUAUUCCAGUUCGCAAUGCAGAUUGACACAGGGCAAGUGGUACUUCGAGCUGCAACAUGUGCACAUCAAGAAUGGCAAGGUGGGGGUUGCUGUGUGGCGAACGGAGCCUGCGUUGACAUGGAUUGCGGACGCAAGGCCCUGGAAAGACGAUGCCACCAUAGGCGUUGCCAUCGACUGCGAGUCUCGUACUGCUCAGCUGGUGAUCAAUCAUGUGUGGGGUCAGCCAACAGCGAUCCCAUGUGAGUCUGCCAGCAUUUCUCCAGUGCUCACCGGCCAGGGCGCCUGCACGAUGUGUCUCUCCAAGUCCCAAGCCGCACACGAGUCCAGGAGCCUUCCCUUCGGCGCGCUCUCGGAGGCUCUGGCGAAGCCUCUGGGCGCCUCGCGCCUCGUGCGCGCGCUGCUGGAUGCGAAGGCUUCCCCCAUGGGACGCCAUGCCGAAAGCCCCAUUGCCCUGCACAUGGCGGUGCAGUCCCAGGACGUUCUCUCGGUGCGAUACAUUGGAGCUAAGGCCAACCUCAAUAUCACCGACGCCAUUUCUGGGCGGGCAGCUUUGCACUUGGCGACUGCCAAAGGAUGCCUGGGGGUUGUCGCCGCCUUGCUCUCUGCCCGCGCCGACGUGAAUUUUGCAGAUCCCCAAGAAGGCCCAGACCACCUCGGAGCCGGCCUCUACGCGCAGCAAAAAGCCUUCCCCAGGCUGGCGUUGCACACCGCGGUGGAAAAGGGCAGCGUGGCGAUGGUGGGCCAGCUGACGCAAGCGCGGGCAGAUGUCAGCGUGCAGAUCGAAACACGACAGGUGAUGAGUAGCAAGCUGUGGCUGGCAGUGCCGCCAGAGCCUUUGCCCGAGAAUGGCGUUGCAAAGCAGGAUCCUUUCAGGAAGCCUGGGCACCAUGUUGGCAUGCCGGCCCCAGUGGCUCUGGAGCUCUUGCGUGGCUUGAAGGUCAAAGAGGACGACAUUGAGACGACUCUGAGCAAAGUGACGGCCCGCGCGAGGAAGAUCGCCGGAAUUGAAGAUGAUGCAAUGGAUGGGACAGCAGUAGUGCCGAUGUUCUGUGGCUCUGUGGAAGCACUGCCCAAGGAUGCAGACCCCGCUCUCUUCGCCGUGGGAGGCGGGGACUUCCAGAUCAUCAAGAAUGCCAAGUUGUUGGUGUCUCGCGACAAGCUCAUGUACUACGCGGAGGUUGAGUCCAUGAAGAUCACCUAUGCGCGGCCCUUGCAGAAGGCUGCGGCCAGAAACGAGACGGGCAUGGUGAGCGCCCUGCUCAAGGUCAGGGCCGAUCCCUCCACCAUGGACACCGCCGAUGGGCGCCAGGCGAUUCAUCACGCUGUGAAGCACCUCAACGACUUCAUGGUGCACCUGCUCUUGGAGAGUAAGACUCCUUUGGACGUUGCUGACCAGACACCCAACCAGGCCACGCCUCUGUUCUACGCGGUCACGGCGGCGGCGGCGAGUCAGGCCAAGGCCAGCGAGAUUAUGGCCGCGCUGCUGGCGGCAAAUGCCUCCAUCAACCAGCCCUGCUGCGCGGAAGGCACUACGGCCUUGCACAUCGCGGCUGCGGCAAGGCACCUCCAGGUCAUCCAGCAGCUGCUGGAGCGGCGCGCGUCCCCCACCACGUUGGACCCCAAGCGCCGCACGGCGCUGCACUUCGCAGUGAACUCCGCCACGGCCAGCGAGCCCUCCUUCGACGCGGAGCGGCUGCUGCUGAACGCCAAGGCCGACGUGAACGCGCGCGACGUCCAGGGCCGCAUGGCGCUGCAUUAUGCCUUCGUCAAGAAGGAGAAGCAGCUGGACGCCUCGCCCGCGGACCCCGUGGAGACGGUCACGAGCCUCUGUGCGGUGGAGGGAAUUCAGGUGGACGUGGCGGACGAGUUCGGCGCCACGCCGCUGCUCUGCGCGGCCCGGCGCGGCGCCACCAUCUCCUCGCUGUAUUUGUCGAAGCGCGGGGCCUGCCUGAAGGCGCGCGACCAGGCGGGCAACGACGCGCUGGGGGUAGCUCUGGCAGGAGGCCACAAUCAGUAUGCCAUCACCUUGCUGAGCCAGGAGGCCGGUGACGUGUCGGCGCCCAUGCGUCACUUGCAGAAAGUGGAUGACGGCACCGGGGCGCGCAAACGGCAGAAGGUCCAGCCUGGUCCUCCCCUGUCCCUGUUCCGCGAGUCCACGUCGCGGCAGUGGCUGGGGCUCUCGUAUCUCCUGCUGGAUCACGGGUACCCCUUGCACGGGGCGAUUCAGGAUGCCCUGGAGCUCGGGGAGUUCCGCCUGGUGCUCACGCUGCUCUCCAAGAUCAACCCCUCGGAGAACCACAUGGUGCAGCGCCUGGACUCCCAGAACCGCAGCCUGCUGCACGCCCUGGCGGGCUUCAAGAAGAAGCUGGGCCCGGAGGCCACGGCCAUCGCGGACGAGCUGCUGAACCGGGGGGUGGCGCCCACCACACAGGAUGUGAAUCAACGCUUGGCGCUGCACGACGCCUGCGCCAACGCGCACCGGGAGUUGUGCCGCUGGCUGGUCCAGAAGAACGGCCAAGUCGUGAGCAAGCUGGACGUGGAGGGCCAGGUCCCCGUCCACGCAGUUUGCACCCGCACAUGGCUUCGCAGCCACUCGGAGAAUGAGCACCUGGCAUUCUUGGACAUGCUGUUGCCUCUCAACAAGGAUGACGUAGCGCAGAAGACCUUCAAGGACUCUGCAACUGCACAGGAGGAGAUCAAGAGAUGCAGAGACGCGGGGGGCAAUGUGGAAGAUCUCGGCCCCCAGCCUGAGUUGAAUGCUCCACUGGUGAACGUUUGUGCCAAGGCGUUCAAGACCUCGAUUACCCGGCUCCUGGAGGCUCGCAGCGAUCCGAACUUGAAGGAUGGCCGCAACGCCACGAGCCUGUGCAUGGCGUUGCAGAGCUCCAGCGCAACGACCUUGGAGGUGGUGAAGCUCUUGCUGUUCCACUCCGCGAAUGCCAACGAGCGGGACGGCCGGGGCAACGCGCCCCUGCGCUACGCCGUGCGCUCCGGCGUGACGCCCAGUGAGCUGAUCGCGGAGCUGGUGCGCUGCGGCGCCCGCGUGGCUGACGCUCCAUCGGUGAAGGGCGGAUCCCUGGUGCUGGACGCCUUGGCCCUGUCCUCCGCCACAGUGCUGUCGCAGCUGCUGAAGCUGCGCGCGUCUCCGAACCAGGGCCUGGACGAGAGGGGCCGGCCUCCCCUGCUGGUGGCCGUGGAGAAGCGCCAGAGCUUCGCGACCUCGGAGCUGCUGGCGGCCAGGGCCACGGCUACGGCGGUGGACCCCGCCGGGCGCUCGGCGCUGAGCGCCGCCAUCGAGCUCUCGGCGUGGAAGACCGCGGAUGGUUUGCUACGAGCCGGGGCCAAUCCGGAGAAGGGCAUCGACAACGAAGGGCACAAGCCGCUGCUGGCCGCAACCAUGUUGGGCAACGCGGCGUUGGUGCGACAUUUGCUCAAAGCAAAGGCGAGCACGGCUCAGGCUGGGGAGGACAAGCACGGAAGAUCCGCCCUGAGCGUGGCGGUUCUGGCCAACUGCAAAGAAGUGGUGGAUGAGUUGCUGGAGGCCAUGGCAGAUCCCAGCCAUCAGGACAAGAAGAAGCGGAAUGCGCUGCACCACUGCAUCCAGCCAUUCCCCCACCUCUCCUAUGAGUGCACGCGUCUGCUGGCGGCCAUGCUGCGAACACCCGCUGGGCGCAAGGCGGCCCAGGCGGUGGACGUCGAGAAGCUGACGCCUUUGGCGCUGGCGCAACGCCAGGGCUCUGGGCGCAUGGCUGCGGUGCUGCAGAAGGCGCAGCUGCCGGUGACCAUGGAGGUGGUUCAGCUGAAGGCGCCCAAGGCCCGUGACGUGGACGCGGACGCCCGGCAGGAGUUGGAGCGAGUGGAGGCGGAGGCAAAGCCGACCAGGAUUCCCGUGCACAAGGCCUAUGGCAUGACCGGGGAGAACCGGGUCUUUGCGGAGACGGAGGGCCAGGAGUACGACGCGCUCCUCUUCAAGGUGGACCUGAAGCGCGAUGAGAUGCGCUUCUACCACCUCCAGUUGGUCCACGAGACCAACAAGGACCUCUUCGUGCUCUUCACCCGCUGGGGCGAGAUCGGAGAGACCGGGAUGUUCCAACGCACCCCACAAGGCAGCAAGGAGGAGGGCAUGAAGGACUUCGGGAAGGUCUUCAAGGAGAAGACGGGCAAUGUGUGGGAUCCCAGUGGCGCCAGCUUCGAGCGGAAGCCGAACAAGUACCAGCUGCUGAAGCGGCGCCGCGCCACCGCGCGCAGCGAGGAGAUGGUGCAAGCCUUCGACCCGGAGGUUUGUGCCAGGAGCCAUCUGCCCCACAUGCUUUGGCGAACGCUGGAUUGCAUUUGCGACCCCGAGCAUAUCCUGCAAGCGGUGAAAUCCAUGGGUAUCAAGACACAGUCCAUGCCCUUCGGCAGUCUGUCGCGAGCCACGUUGGAUGAGGCCAAGAACCUCUUGGGGGAGAUCAAGACAGCCAACGCGGAGCUGAAGGAGAGCUGCGGAAGGCCCGCGGGGCGCCCAAGUUCGGCUUCGCCAAGGCGGAGGAGGUGCUCGAGGCCUCGAAGAAGCGGAACGAGGUGCGCGAGCGGAUCCUGGAGCUGUCCUCGCGCUACUUUGAGCUGGUGCCGCGGGGUGCGGGGACCACCGAGGUGGCAAGGCCCUUGGAGAGUGACGAUGCCUUGGCCAAGGAGUUUGAGAUGCUGAUCAAUCUGCGAGAAGCCUCUGCGGGUUUGCGCACGUUGCUGGGAGCCAGGCAUUGGCAGAAGAAGGUGAAUCCCUUGGAUUACUGCAGCCAGUCUAUGGGCAUGGCCUUUGAACGGGUGAACCCUGAGAGCGCCGAGUUCAAGGCAUUGAUGGAUUACAUGGCCUCCACCUCUAGCAAUCCUCCCACGGCCGCCAAACCCGGGGACCUUCCGGAGGCGCUGGGCCAGAAGCGGAAGAACCCCUUCCUGGGCUCCCGGCGCGGCGACACGGUCACGGGGAUCUAUCGGAUCGCCCGCGACGGGGAGGCGGAGAGGUUCAAGGACUUGGGGAACCGACGGUUGCUGUGGCACGGCUCCAGGCGCUCCAACUUCAUCAGCAUCUUGUCCCAAGGCCUGCGGGUGGCCCCACCGGAGGCGCCAGUGCAAGGCUACAUGUUCGGAAAGGGCAUCUACUUUGCAGACAUGUUCGAGAAGUCCCGCGCCUAUUCCGCCAUGGGGAGUCAGGAAGCCGUGUACAUGUUGCUUUGUGAUGUUUCCCUGGGAAACAUGUUCCCCAGCCACGGGGCAAUCUACAUGGAGGAGCCGCAAGCCGGCACCAACUGCACUUGGGGAGUUGGCCACGAUCAGCCGAAUUGGGCCAAUGGGCUUUAUGAGCCUGGGGGUGCGCAGUUGCCACUUGGCGGCAGACAGCAUGGUCAGAGUGGCUGCUUGGGCCACAGCGAGUUCAUCGUCUACGACCCGGCGCAGGUGCGCAUGCGAUAUCUGGUGGAGCUGAACAACUUCGAGAGCCCUACGGAGAAGCAUGUUCGAGAGAAAGCAGAGGCGGAAGCCCGAGGUGAGUCUCAUCCAGCGAAGAAGCCGCGAGAGGAGCCGCAGGAGGAGGAGGAGCAGAAUCACAGUGAGGAAGAUGAGGAUGAGGAGGAUUCAGAUGAGUCGUAGGGUCAUUUCUGAGUGCUAUCGAUCUUGAGUUCUUGAAAUCGCUCUCGCUUAACAUGUACAGAGUGUUGGCCAAGGCGUUGCUUCACAUUUAGCAGGCACAUAUGCCAGUUCAUGGUUUAAGCAUUGGUUUCCGACUCGUGUCUGGAAUUGGUUGAAACAUUAAUCUGAAUUUCCCCUUUGAAAUCGAUUAAAUUCCAGGCCAUAGGAACGACAACCCGCUCCAACGAAUAU